CUUCCAUCACCUUCACCGCCAUGGUGCGACACGAUCCCACACGGCUCAUUGGUUUACAGCUAUUCUACUUUGUUUUUAUUACGCUCAUACUACGCAUCGUAAGUCGAGUUCUUCUUUGACAUAAUCCUUCAUCAACAAUCUCGCAGGCGCCAGUCGAAGCUAUCAUGAAUAAUAAGUGGGAGGUCACAAACUUCUGCAAAUGCAUCUGCUUCUCCGCAAACUAUACGAUUCUAUCCCUGAACACGCCCGACAACCCGUCCAAACCUUGUCUGUCGUGCACUAAGCAGUGGUGCUUGAAUCAGAACCUGCCUAUCUGCCUUGGUGCAUCUCUUGGCGACACAGAUCCAGACACUGCGACCGGUCUAGAGGGAGAUGUCGAAGCGCGAUGCUUCCAACGAGAUUCUCCUAGGGACCAGCUUGUGGUCACCCUCUUUCUAUUGAUUAUCCUCGGGUUGUUACUUGGCGUGAGCAUUAAAAACCGCAUGCUCAAGGCAGGUUUGGACUCGAGUACGGCAUGGUCUGUCAGCAGGCGCUGGUGGGAGGAAUGGUUACCACGUAGGUAUUCUGAAGACCACAACCUUCGUGAGCGUCCUGCUCGCUCCGCUGGUAACGAGAAUCGGGGAAAUUACAGGGAGAUAUCGAAUACGCUUCCCAUGUAGCUCUUUGAUAUCGAUGCUAUGUAUAAUAGAUCCGCGAUGCCCUGCCCACACAUGUUUCCCUUAUAGAGCACGAUCAGGCGCUGCGCUUCUUGAAUUC